UAUGCAAAAAUAUUUACUGUCGACACUGAGGAUAUCAUCAUGCCUUUGUUUACCUGUGAGUUUAGACAGAAAACUUGUCCGCUUCCAUCAGUGUCAGAUUAACUUUUAGAACAGUGCACAGUAGUAAUCAAAAUGGCAAGUGAUAGUGACGACAGUGUAGAAAAUUUGAAGCCCUAUGUUGACCGUCCAAUCGUCGAUUUCGCAGAUUUUGUCCGCGGUCAGGAAGAUUUAGCAAAAAGGGUAAAAGCUUUUAAAAAAUCACGAAAAAAAUUGGUGGAGACACAACAGGCCAUAGAAGCUUUAUCAAUGGAAAUGGAUGCAGCAGUGAAGACCGCUUCAGAGGCAAUAAAAGACAUUGAAGAAAUCAAGGAAAAUAUGUUGAAAACUAUGGAUAAGAAUCUAAGAGAAAAGCUAGAAAGAGAAUUGCUAAUGCUGCAGCAAGGACAACAAAGGCAGGACAAGCAAGAAAUCGAGAAAGUAGAAGAAAAGGAACAAGAGGAAGUGGAUGAAUCAAAAGAGCAAAAGCAAGGAGAUGAAGAAAUAGAAAAGAUGGGAAAUAAGGAACUGGAGGGAAAAGAAAUGGAGGCGAGGAAAGAAAAGAAGGAAGAGAAAGAAAAAGAGGAAAAUAAGGCAGAGGAAGAAAAGGAAGAAAAGAAGAUAAAGGAGAAACAUAAAAUGGAGGAAGAAAUGAAUCAGGCAACGAAAUCAACCUCUCAGAAGUCAGAGAAGCCGGUCAAAAAAUCUAAAUCAAAAAAAUAAGUUCUAGCUUUGAAAUAUUUACUAAUUUAUAUUAUAUUAUGAACUAGCAAAUUCAAAUAAUUGUCGAUAUUAAUGAAUUUAUUAUUAUAAAGAAAUUAUGGACUCAACAUUUCUUCCUAAUAACAUAGUCUGAUCUCAAUAUUUACGCAUAAGGUUCAACUGCAUGUAAAGAAAAUUAAUACAAAAUAUAAAGAUAAUCCAUUUUCCGAUCGUUACAUAUAAA